AUGAAGGCACCUCCCAGAGGCUGCCCGUGGGACCGUGCCAAACGCACCGCCAUCCGUCUCGUCGGCGAGCGGACGGCGGACCUCGUGGCGCCCCAGGCGAGGACGGUGGGGAAUGUCGCGCGAUAUGACCCCGCACUACACCGCGAGAGGGAGGGCGAUGAAAACGAUCUGGCCGACAGCAUGGCGUCUCCGAAGACGUUCGGCCUGGUCGACUACUGCGUGUUCGGCAGCGUGCUGAUGUCCUCGCUGCUGAUUGGCGCGUACCACGCCUUCCGCGGCAAACAGACCAACGCUGAGAUGCUGCUUGGCGGCAGGAACAUGGCCAUCCUGCCCGUGGCCAUUUCCAUCAUGGCCAGCUUUCUCUCAGCCAUCUUGAUUUUGGGUUCACCUGCCGAGGUCUACGCGAACGGCGCGGAGUACUGGGUGGUGGCGCUGGCGUUCGUCGUGGUUCCGCCGUUGGUGGCCCUGCUCUACCUGCCCAUCUUCUACCGAUGCGGCCUGACAUCCGUCAACGAGUACCUGCAGCUCAGGUUUGAAAGUCGCGUCCUGCGGAUAUCUUGCGUGCUGGGCUACCUGGUGCAGACGUCGCUGUACAUGGCCAUCGUUCUGUACGCGCCAAGUCUAGCCCUGAGCUCUACAACCGGUCUGAGCCUGGAGACCAGCAUCAUCUGCACGGCAGUGGUGGCGACACUGAAUGCCACUAUGGGGGGCCUGAAAGGCGUGGUCUGGGCCAACGUACUACAGUCGGCUGUCAUGGGAGCCGGCAUGGUGGCCAUCGUUGUCCAAGGCUCAAUCAACGUGGGCGGUUUCAGGAAUAUUUUCUCCAUCAACGCAGAGCACGGCAGGAUGAGUGUAUUCAACUUCAAUAUGAGUCCCUGGCAGAGGCACAACUUUUGGAAUCUGAUUUUCGGCACGAUGUUCAUGUGGACUGGGCUUUUGGCCGUGAACCAGAGCUCGGUACAGCGCUACAUCAGCCUACCGACAUUGAAGGCGGGCAGAACCGCCUGCCUGCUGAAUGCGCCGGCCAUAAUCCUGUACAACUCCCUGGCCUGCCUGUGCGGUCUGGCCAUCUUCGCGACGUACGCCGACUGUGACCCGCUCCGGAUGGGCCUUAUCGAGAGGAAGGACCAGCUCGUGCCCUACUUCGUGCUGGACCAGAUGUCGUACCUCAUGGGCCUGCCGGGCCUCUUUGUCGCCUGCAUCAUAUCUGGAGCGCUCAGUGUCAUCUCCUCUGGCCUCAACUCGCUGGCAGCCAUCACCUGGCAGGAUUUCCUCUACCACGCGAACUACUUCCAGAAAAUGUCUCCAGCGACACAGUGCUGGAUAACCAGAAUGAUCAGUUUGCUGUAUGGCUGCCUGACGUUGGCGAUGGGUUUCCUGGCCAGCCAGCUCGGGGGAGUGCUGCAGGCCUCGCUGGCCGUCACUGGGGCCGUUAGUGGACCAAUUUUGGGCGUCUUCACGCUGGGAAUCCUGGUACCUUUUGCGAACGCCAAGGUAUGUCUGGUGGAAAAGGAUGAACAAUGA